AUGUUCAUCCGGAUAUUGCUUCUGACCGGCGCGCUGAUCGCCGCGUUCGUCGCGUUGUACCUACCCAGCUCUCCGGAAGAGCGCCCACCGUAUAUUCAGGGACGAAACAGGACGGCACUCUUCAUCUCCAACAUCGAGCAUGGCCUUAGCAAUGUCCACAUAGCCACUGCAUCCUCCCUCCUAGAAAACUAUCCAGACAUUGAGUUUGCGCAGGCCAAGACGCCUGCUGCCAAAGAAAUUACCUACCAUGAAAUCGACGGAAUGGCAUAUUUUAGCAUUCUGCCACUCAGUAUUACGCCGCCUGGGUCUGCCGGUAUUGCCAAGUUUUCGAGCAAUGUACAGACUUGGAUCUCGCCAUGGGACGUAGAGGAGCACAUGAGCAUCUACAACCAGAUUGGUGCUCUAAUCGAUGAGAUUGACCCUGCUGUGGUUGUUUUGGAUACACUGGUACGGCCCGCGGUUGACAGAAUACGUGACGGGAACUGGAUGCAUGCGUUUAUCAAACCGCAAACGACCGCAGAGAACUUUAUUGGCGGUCAGCCGUAUGGGAGUAUGUUUUGGAAGUAUCCCGCUUUAACAUCCGGCUUCGGCUUCCCAGUGCCGUACAAAAAAGAUGCUGUCCUGAGGGAAAGAGGUGUUAAGGACCCUAUCAACUUCUUCAACUUGCACCGGCCAGACAUCCCUUGGAUUACCAUGACCACCAAUGGUGUAUCCAUCCCUCUGGACGUGGUGCCAGCUAACGUCACCUGCGCUGGGCCGAUAUUGCUGUCAGUGGCACCUGCUCAGGAGCAGGACCCUGAAUUGACCCAAUGGGUCCAGCGGUCACCUACCGUAUUGAUUGCUCUUGGUAGUGGAUUCAAGUAUCCAUUAAACUAUGCGCAGGCAAUGACGGGAGCGGUCGUCGAUGUCCUCUCCAAGACUGAUUUGCAGAUUCUGUGGAAGUUCGACGAGGAUGGCGACUACUCUGAUGAUGUGCUGGCGCCACUGGCACCAUACAUUAAGACGGGGCGGCUCCGCAUGUUGAAUUGGCUCACAAUAGAUAUCAUGUCGCUACUCGAGUCUGGCGGAAUCACUGCUUUUGUGCAUCACGGCGGUUCCAAUUGCUUCAACGAGGGGCUUGCUGAUGGCGUGCCUCAUGUCGUCCUACCUCUGUGGGCCGACUUGUACAACUUUGCCGCCAUCGCGGAGAAUGUCGGUAUCGGCAUCUGGGCCUGCAAAGAUACAAGCCCAAAUUGGACCGCAGAGGGCAUUAGUGGUGCUAUUCUCAAAGCCGCAGCUGGUGAGGGAUCCGACGUAGCUUUACGACAAAAGUCGAAAAGUCUAGGUGAUAAAUUAAGAGCGGGCGAGCAGGGACGCGAUAUUGCUGCCAGGGAAAUUGCUAAGCUUGCAUACAUAAAGGAAGGACAACGGGAAACCCUCUGA